CGCUAGGACCUGGAGGCAGCAGGCAUCCGUUCACGGCUGACUGACUGGAGAAACACACAAGUGUCAAACCUCCACCCUAAAGGAAGCGAUAGCCACCAGCUCCACCUGCUUCUCCGAGGUCUACGCCGCCGUUCCCUGACAUACAACCUCCUCCGCCUUCCUGGUCAUUUAGUCAGCUUUUGAAGGGUUUGUUGGGCGAGGUUGGAUCAUCCUGGGUUUCACCGAGCGGCCAAGACGGUGAAGAUGCACUGGGUUCUCGGUUCGGGAGGAGACGAACGGGAGAGCCUGGACCACACCGCUGCUGACCGCAUCUGAGCUCGCUUUAUCACCGUUGACGUUCAUCGCACUCCUAAUUAUGACGGAUGGGGAUUAUGACUACCUUAUAAAGCUCCUUGCUCUGGGGGACUCCGGUGUGGGGAAGACCACCUUCCUCUAUAGGUACACCGACAACAAGUUCAACCCCAAGUUCAUCACCACAGUCGGCAUCGACUUCAGGGAAAAGAGAGUGGUGUACACGGCCUCCAACCCCAAUGGGACCACCGCGGGGAAGACCUUCAAGGUCCACCUGCAGCUCUGGGACACGGCCGGCCAGGAGAGGUUCCGCAGUCUGACCACAGCGUUCUUCAGGGAUGCUAUGGGCUUCCUGCUGAUGUUCGACCUCACCAGCCAGCAGAGCUUCCUCAACGUCCGCAACUGGAUGAGUCAGCUGCAGGCUAAUGCGUACUGUGAGAACCCAGACAUCGUGCUGGUGGGGAACAAGGCUGACCUGGCCGACCAGAGGGAGGUCCAGGAGAAACAGGCCAAGGAGCUAGCUGAUAAAUACGGGAUCCCGUACUUUGAGACGAGUGCAGCGACGGGGGUGGAGGUGGACAAGGCGGUGAUCACGCUGCUGGACCUGGUCAUGAAGAGGAUGGAACAGUGCGUGGACAAACCCCCCGCAGAACCAGCCAAUGGCAACGGAGCAACCAAGCUUAGCCCCGCCCAGCCCAAUGAGAAGAAAUGUGCAUGUUAGAUGACAUUCAGGAAACCAACCGUCUACCAUCCCCUCAUCCAAUCACAUCCUAUGUUUCCCAAAUUCUGGUUAGACCAUUCCUUAGUCUUCUGGUUUACCAUCAUGGGUUUUUCGGUGGUCUGUCUACAGACCAGCUCUUAUUUUGUGUUUUCUUCCCCUCUUUAUCACGCUCUCCCUCUGCGUUGUAAUUUCACUCUGACACCACUUUGUCUCCCCAUAGUGGCAACACUGGGCUGUCACAGGUCAGCCCACUGAGUGGGGCCAGGACGAGUAUAGUGGAGGACUGGUCCUUGGUAGCUAGCUUAAGGUCCUAGCUAGACGCUACAGCCUAUGAUCCAUGUGUCAAGCAUCUAGCCCUGAGGUGGUUUUCACUUUUAUUUUCUAUCUACAGCCUUUAAAAAGUCCUGAUAGAUAUAAUUAAUAAUAUCAGCAUUGCAAUCAUACUGAGAUGUCUCUCGCGCUAUGCUCCACAUGUGAAUCAUUUGCUUUAGGGAAUUGUUUUAUGGCCAUUUUGUCUGAAGAUCUGUCUGGUCACCUGAGCUAUUGACAUAUAAUGUAUUGGUUUUUUUUGAGUUACCAUAGUAACAUUAGGGUGAUACAACACCAGGUGGGUUGGUACCACUACCGUUACAACAUGUUUAUUUUCCUUGUGUUUGGAUAUAGGUACACUAGAAUUAUACCAUUGAAUCACCAUUGUGUGUCUUGUAUUGCCUUCUCCAAAGUUAAACAUGUUUUGAUGGCAUAGACACAGCCCAGUAGAAACAAAACAGCCGAUUCAGAUUGCAUCCACUAUGGCUUCAGCACAGUAGUGAUACUGCAGUUAGCUUGUAGGUCCAUUGCAGGCAACGCACCAAUACUGGACCAUUGAGACAACCAGUAUUGCUAGUAGUUGUGCUUUUCAUGUCUAAUGUCUAAAGGUAUUAUCCAUAAAAAGGCCAUAUUAUGAAUUAGACAAAGGUAAAAGUAUUGUUCGGAACUAGUGUUUUGCCUUGGCUGAACUGGUUCAAGCAGAGUAUUGUUUUCUACACCUGAUACACCUGAUGUGUUUCCUUGACAUAAUCAGCUUUUUAAUACACAUUGUUUCUAAUUUAAUCACACCAAGCCUCAUCAUACUUUAUCAAUUUAAAUAUUUCAUUUCUUAUUCUGUCACUUCAAAUAAAAUAGCGGCUAACAUCGCCCUUGCGGUAGCGAGCUAACACUGCGUAAAUGGGAACCUGCUUUACACACCAAGUGAAGUAUCGAGCAACCCACAUGUAACCAUCAUAUAUUACAUUUAUAUUAACAAGGAGAUUAAUUAAAUAGCGUACCAUUUAAAAAGAAAAUAUUAAUUUUGUCUAAAAUAUAUGUUAUAUUAUCAUUAUUUGAUUUGUAUUUUUCUCAAGCUAUAUUCAUCCAUGAUUAAUUAUUACUAUUGUUAUUGUUCUAACUCUGUUAGAAGUGCUGUUUGAAGGUGUUUAGUACAACCUCAGCAUCCUCUGAUUUAUCAACACCUAAUGGCACAUAAGAUGGUCUGUAUCAUAGCUGCUGAUCACCACUAGAGCAGCCAUGCGUCGCUACAGAGGCUGGGCGUCACGCCCACGUGGAGGAGCAGCCGUCGGUGCUCUGUGCGUCUGCUGCUCUGGCCUGCUUUGUCCCUCCAAUAGAUCUAAUCUAAUCUAAAUUCAUCUAACUGUGGUUCUUGUUGCACUAGAGUGCUCCAUGCACACGGCUUGACCGUGUCAGACCACAUUCAAAUCAAGGAAGUACUGCAGAAUUACAGACCAAGAAUCGGGUGAUGCCUGGACGAUAGACGUGCUGAGGCAAAUGUUGAUUUCUCAUCCGAUUUAGAAGGAAAUUUACAACAAUUAUGUUCCAUGAUCAAAUGAUUGCAUAGACAGACAGAUUAUGGACUACAGAUAGGCUAUGGAAAGAUAAUCUGUCUAAUAUCCUAGUGUGGUUCGAUUAUGCUUGUAGAAAAGCACCGGUAAUCUCAAACGCUCUUAAUCUCAUAAUACCCACGUCCAAACUAUUAUGUUGUCAUGACAACUGCAUUUUUUUCAACUUUAUGAAUGGACCCCUGGGACCGCCCACACUUCCUGCCUUCACUCGAGACAAUCUCCGGGACCAAUCUGUAAUCUGAUCUGUAAUUUUACACUUCUUUUGGAAACCUUUUCUUAAUUAAUCUAUUUCAUCCCAAUAUUGUCUUUUUAUAUAUUAUUUUGUCUUUUUUGUCCUAAAUCACAGAAAUAACAUUUUCUCCAAGUACACUGUAGUUGUGGUUUACAGUUAUAUUAAACCGCACUGUUCAUCUUAAAGCAUUUCCUUUGAUUUGAAACCCAAGUGUCAAGUGUGGUAUAUAAAUACAUGACAAGUUUACAUUGUUUAGAAGAGUCUUGCUGUGCCUGUAUUAAUGCAUUCUUAACUAAAAAUGCUCUUCUCUUUGUUGACAUCCUUUCGAAAGGUCAUAAGAUGGUACAUACUUCAUCUCUUUAUUAACAGAACCUUAAAAAGCAGUGCCAAAAGAAAGUGGAUUGUGGUGUUUAAACUUUAUACAGAUAAGAUGACAACAUAUAUUCUGUCCAAAUUCUUUCUCCACUACGCGUGAAUCCAUUAUGUGCUGAACUAUCAAACAAGACUUUGAUUUGUCCAAUGCCUGCGGUUUGUGUGUGCGUGUGUGUGUGUGUGUGUGUGUGUGUGUGUGUGUGUGUGUGUUGUUUCUACUGUGUGCACCGAUGCCUGUGUGUUUGUUAGGCUUGUUGCCAUGUCAGCAUGUUGGACACAUUGAGAAUGAAGAAUUGUGGGUGUUGAUGUUUUUAAUGAAUUGUCUGGUGGGGAUGUAGUCCAUGGUGUUCCCAAUCCGUAGUUCAAAUGGUGGCCCCUGUUGGCCUUUCUGGAGUAAGUCAACAAUCUUAGUCAAUUUUUUUUAAUUAAGAUUUAAAUCGUAAUACUCAAACGCAUUUUCAAACUUAAGAUGUUGAGGCGGCCGCAGCAGUUGUUUCAUGGUCACUGAACGUGAAUUCAACUUUCUAAUUGAGUUUAGUUUAACCUUUGACCCUGGACUCUAAUCACCAUUUUGUAAUCUAUAGAUUUCUGCCAAUGAGGCAGGUUUGAAACGGUUGAACAAUGACCUUGAAAGUGACAUUAUAUUCUAAUUUAAGGGAACAAAUCUAGACGUCGUCCCCCAUGUAAUAUGGUUCAGAAAGUAUGCAUUAUUGAGUGAAAUUUCAAAAUAAAAGUACACCUGGAAGUUUCCUUUUCA